UUUUUCAAAGAGUUCAAAGAGGAAUAUUAUUUUCACUCAAAGUCUUAAACAAACUGACUUCAACCUACUCUUAAACAGACUUAUAGGUCUACUCAUUAUCCAACUCAGAUCUAGAUCUAGCUCUCUACGUAGUGUCAUUGAGAGUGAGUAGUCUGGGAGUUGACUUUACCUUCCUUUGGCUUUGGCCUAUCAACUAUCAUCAUCACUAGAAGUAGAAGAUCUACUCUAGAUCUAGAUUUAGAAAUCUAGUCCAGUUCUGACUGAAACUGUAUUUCAAAUUCUAUGGAAUCUGUAGUUCUAUUUCUGAGUAAUCAUACAGAUUACAGAUAUAAAUCUACACUCACAUUGUACAACUAACAAGUCUAGGCAAGUCUACAUUACUGUAUAAAAGAACAGGGGCUCAUCCUGUAAGACUACUGUUAGAAUUGUAGUAGUUCUGCAAACCAAAGUUUAUAAUUGAAAAUUAACAGCUCAAUUUGCUCAACUUAUUCUAAAUCUAGAGUAAAAGAGAUACAUUAAGAUUAUUGGAGUAAAAUGAAUCCAAUGAAACAAGAACCCUGGGAUCCAAGUACAGAAUAUCAAGAUUAUCACUGGAAUAACAGUAAUCACUUAGCAGUCUCUUCAUACUUUAAUGCUGAUAUACAAGCAUCUCAAAUCAAGAUUGAAACUGAAGAGGAUAAUUAUUCACAGUCAUCAAGUGGCCCACCACUUUCAAUACCCAAAGAACCUAAGAAAAGAGGUCGACCUAAAAAAAUAAAAGAUGAAAACAGUGGUGAAGCUGAUGGCAAAUCAGGGGAAAAGAAAGUCAAGCAAGAAUCAAUGACAGAUCACCUAAAUGUAGUUAAAAAGAAGAGGGAUAGAUUUAAUGGCAUGCCAGAAGAGGAAGUCUUACUAAAAUUGUUACCUGAUCAUAUAGCUCCAAACCUGGAUAUUCUCAUUAUUGGCAUUAACCCAGGGCUAUUUGCUGCAUAUGUGGGGCAUCAUUAUGCUGGACCUGGAAAUCACUUUUGGAAAUGUUUGUAUCUGUCUGGGUUGAUUCCUGAACCAAUGAAUGCAUAUGAUGACUAUAAGCUUCUUACAUAUGGUAUAGGCUUUACAAAUAUAUGUGCAAGGACAACCAGAGGAAGCGCAGACUUAAAAAAACAAGAAAUUAGAGAUGGAGCAGAUAUCUUGAGGAAAAAGAUUGCAUUGUAUAGGCCUAAAAUUGCUGUAUUUAAUGGAAAAGGAAUUUAUGAAGUAUUCAGUGGCAACAAAAAUUUCAAUAUUGGAAAACAGCCAGAAAAAGUAGAGGGUACUGAUACUAUUCUGUUUGUUAUGCCAUCAUCAAGUGCCAGAUGUGCCCAGCUACCAAGGGCUGCAGAUAAGGUGCCCUUUUAUUUAGCUUUAAAGAAGUUGCGAGAUCAUCUCAACGGAGACCUGCCAACACUGGAUGAAUCUGAGGUUGUAUUCCCUGUUGUGGACCACAAACCUAAAUCUGAAGUCAAAGAUGAUGUCACAGAUGAAGAUGAUGAUUCAAGAAUGUCACUGGGAGACUCUCCAAAGGAAAUGACACUAGAGCAGAUACAGAUGCAGGCUGAAUAUCUAGAAGCUCUUGCUGCUAGUGCUGAAGGAAAGGACAUUCCAAUGGAGAACUGGGGAAAUGGAAAGCAGAAGUGUAAGAGGCUGUUAAGGGGAGACAACAGUAUUGAUACUGAAGCCUCUGGCUCGGGAGACGAGUCUUCACUGCCAUACACCCCUCAGAUUUACAAUUACAAAUCUGACCUGUGUCUACCACCAUCUCAACCUACUUUUGGGCUAAGUAAUUUAGACUUGGAUUUAAAACAGGAGGUGCCGUAUGAUGCUAGUGAGUAUGGUGUAGUUGCUGUGAAUGGACCAGUAGCUCAAAAAGUCACUUAUGAAAUAAAUGGUUCUGAUUCAUGUCAGUCUUCUCCACAGUACUUAAGUUUGGGUGAUACAACUGUCAAGAAGGGAACAUUCACCAGCAUCAAAUCUUCCCACAACUUCCCACCUUCGCCCAGCAGUCAAAUGCAGCAUUCAUCCUCUAGUUAUUCCACCUCAGUAUUGUCAGGGGAGGGUUCCAUAUUUCUCCCAAACUAUGUCAAGAAUUAGCACUCAACACAACGGCUCAAACUUCACGCAUUUCCAAUCCAGGACAAAUGGAAAGGAUACAAAGCAAGCGAGUUAUCUUAACAUUUAAAUAUUUUUGACACCUUUUUUUUACCUGCUUUUAACAGAUGUGUUCAGUCAUGUUUCAUUUGAGAGCUGUACUUGUUAAAACACAAUUACGUUGAAAUUUUACACUAAUAUAUCAGUUUUUAAACUUUUUCACUGCCAAAAAAAAUAUUAAGUUACAUUUUUUAAAAUUAACUAAAUGUCCCUAUUGUAAACAGUAGCUAUAUUUUACAGAAGCUUAUGGUUACUUAUUACGUCCUUAUUCUUCUACAACUUUGCAGCAAAUUUUGAAAAUUUUAACAGUUAUUCUGAUUUUCUUUAAAAACCACUCAUUCACUGCCAUAUAGUGCAGUAUUUAUUAUUUUUUAUUCAUUCUAUUUUUCUGUUGCCCUAUAGGGUCACUACUUUGACAAUCGUCUAAAAAUGUGUUUGAUGUAAUUAUCCAACACAAAGAAAAAAAUGACUGCUAGAAUUUCACAAGAAAAUCAGAAAACUUUUUUUUUACCCUAAUACAUAAAAUGUAAACAUGUAUAUGUGAAUAGCAUUAUGUAGUGGUGGAUUAGUUAAAGUAAUGCAUUUACUAACAGAUCUCAUUAAUUCUUAAGUUGCUCAAUUUUAUGUGAUUAAAAUGAUAAAUUAUGACAUUUGCCAGCACCAUGUUUGGGUAGAGCAGGUACUGUGGCAAAAGUCCAUUUUCUUUUCUCAUUUUUUUUUAUAUGGCAAGCCAACAUUAUUGUUAACAGGUCAUUUCUUUUGGUGCCAGUUAACUGACUUAAUUUAUAAAUUUUUAAACUGUUCUUUCUUUUAAUUGUAUCCUUUUCACCCAUUUUAAAACUUUUUUUUUGCAUGCUAUAAUUUAGUAUGAUGCCUAAUUAGAGGUAGUUUUGUAUGUGAUAAUAUUGCUCAUGGUUAGAAUUUUUUAAUUACUUGUUCUAAGGGGAAAAUAAUCUUGUAAAUGUAUUUAUUCUUUUAUUAUAUGUGUGCCCCAAGUUUUAAAAAGAAUAAUUAAAACUGAAUUUUUGUUUUACGGUCAUUGUUUUUACUAUAAGCUGAGAACUAAAAUCCAAGGGUCCAAUUUUUUGUUGUGAGAUUGAAGUAAAUGGAAAUGAAAAAAUGUUUUUAAAACUAUAAGUGCUCAACUAUUUUCUACUACUUGAGACUGGAAUGACAGCAGUAUUAGCACUGCUUUUAAACAAUUAUAGAUAUGUAAAAAAAUCGGAUCAGCCAAAGUAUUGAUAUUAUGUAUUAUACCAAAUGCAUUGAAACUAUGACGAUUAAAAAAAAUGUGUUUGAUAAUUAUGUACAGUUGUUAAACAACGAGGCAUAUCUUGUAAAUAAUUUUUAUUUAUUGUCUAAGCAUUCUAGUCUUGGCUUUAUUUUAUGUUUAUGUGGAUUUUGCUGCUGUUUUUAUUUGCUCUGUUCUAUCCUGUUAUGUUUAUAGAAUUCCAUUCCAUUUUUUUUAGUUGAAUUUUCUUGAUGUUGUUUAGCUAUGUGUAUAGGUUUCUAAUUUCAAAUCUUUAAAUUUAAAAGGUUGUAUUGGUUAUUUUCUACAAUUUUAUUUUAAUACUGUGAUUAUGUAUUGGUUGGAUAUUGUUGGUUGAUAUCAAACUAAUCAACAUAUAACCAUUUUUUUUAAAUACAUUUUUAAAAAUAUAUUAACAUUUUAAAAAUCACAAAAAAACUCUUAAUUUAUAUCAGUAUUUUCAUGACACAAGUUGCAAACAUUAGAAAAUCUAAAGCCAAGAUUCACCAUCAUUUAAAAAAAACUUAAACACUAUGUCAUAUUUGUUUUGUUACCCAAUGCCAAAAACAUUUCUGAUACUGUUGUAUUUUAAGUAUUUUUUACUUACUGGCAUUAUUAUAAAUAACAUUCAUUUAUUUACAUGAUAAAUAAUAGAAAAUUAUUUUUAAAGUAGUUGUUUUUCAUAAAACUUUUGAUUGGUAUCAUUAAAUUUAUCUUAGUUAAAAGUUGUAUGUAUUGUAUUAUUUUUUUAAUAUGAACAUUUUAAUAAUUAAUAGAAAAUGGUUUUAUUUUAAUGUAAAGGUAUUUUUCUGCUGUUUUUCUAUGUUGUAAACUGGCUGUACACCUUCUAAAAACACAAAUCUUUGUUUUGUGCUGUUUCUAGCAUCUUUGAUUUAUUGUUGUUAGGAUUCAGUGAUCCAUAUCAAAAUUGGUGCCAUCAUUGUUCAAGUUGCUUUCUUUUAACGAGAAAAUUUAUAUUGCAUAUCAUGUUGUAAUUAAGAAAUUUACAUUUAGCAUGACAAUUUUACAUUUAGCAUGAUAACUAUGAGUUAAUAAGUUACUGUUAGUUUAAACUUAGCUUUUAUAGACAUGUUAAUCACUGUGUAUGUAUGGAUCUUUUAAUUUUAUUUAACUGCUUUCCUUUUUUACCCAUGUUAAACUUGGUUUGCUUUUUACUAACAAAUAGUAAAAGUAGCUGUCUUGGUUUAAAAGAGGAGGAGCAUUAAAUCAAAAUUUAAAUGAGCAAAUGAAUAAGAAUAAGCUUUAACUUUGUUAUAAACUACUUGUGUUUAAAAGCUCAAAGCAAGCUACUGAAUUUUUUCUAAAAUGCCAUAGCAGUUUAUUUUUAAAAUGACUCAUUUAUAAAUAUAUAUAUAUUUGUGUACCCAUGAUCUCAUGUUUAUAUGUGUGUUUCAUCCAUUUUAGUUUUAAAGAAUUUAAGAUUUUUAAAAGCUGGUCUUUAUUUUCUAAUAUUAGUGAAUUUAAUUAAGCUAUUAUAAAAACGUAUGAAAAAUUAACAUUAAAAAGAUAUUUUAAACAUGAUUUACUAAUAUCAUUCAGGUGCUACAUUUUUUUAUUUACAGUUAUGUAUUUAGCAUAUGAAGGCUUAUUAAGUAGCCAUUUUAAAACAACAAAUAAACAUAUUAUUCAACUAAUUAGUGAAAGAAUAGUUUUUGAAGUGAUUGCUAAUUUUUUCAGUAAGGCUAAUUUAAAAAACCAUUAGGUUUUUUUCUUAAAAGAGGAAAACUGCUGAAAUUUUUAUUUACAUACAGAAAAAAUAUUACAAGCAGCAUUGCAUACCAAAGUAUUUAUACUAUUUUAUUUAUUUAGAUAAAACACAUUUUUAAAGCCAAAUUUUAAAAUAUUUAAUGGUGAUGUAAAUAGCACUGUUGGAUACUGGCUGUAGUGUUAAUGUUAUUUUAUAUGGGUUUCUAUUAAUACUAGUCCCUAAAUGUGUCAGAAUUUUUCAUUCUUUGAAUUUAAUUUUCUACUUUGAUAUUUCCAGAUAACACUAGUGGUUUUUGUUGAUUGAUGAUGUUUAAAGUUAAAGGCUAGUUUUGUAUAAAUAAUAACUGUACUCCAAUUGUCUUAAUCAGGAUUACUUAGGCCAAUUUCUAACAGAAUGUACAAGAAAAUCUGUUUAUAAAAUAGACAAGAAUACUCAAUAUAAUCAUGAUUUAUAAAAUAACUAAGUUUAUACAAGUUACAUUUGAUUAGAUUGAAAGAUAAGUUUUAUCACUUAUUCAAACAAAUAUUCAUUCUUAAAUAUUUGUAUCUGUUAAGUGCAAUAUUUGAGGGUCACAUUUUUUAAACAAAUUACUAAAUGACUCACGAUGAGGUUUAAAUGUCUCAAGUCAACCUGUUGUAUUCUUUGUAUUAAAUUCAUUGACUUAUU